AUUAUGAGAUGAUAAAAUAGGAAUAAUACUUUACUCGUAACUUAUGUUUUUAAUUUUUUUUUUCAAAAGUUUUUUUUAAAUAAGACGAACGAUUAAAAUUGGACGCAGAAAAUUAUACUUACACUUAAAAUGGGACUUAGUCUAGAAUCUCACGAGCGAGACAAGUUUAUCCCCCUCUGAAUUCUUUUUCCAUCGCCACAAGCAUAUCCUACCCAUCAUAUUUAAGGAGGCCGCUGCCGAAAUUCCCAAGCACACCAACCAAAACGCACAACAAACCGGCUACCUAAGGAGUACGGACAAGCAAGUGCAGCAUAUGGAGCGUCAUCAGCUUCUUCUUCUUCCCGGAUGCCUUCUUCUCUACCUUGGCGCCAUCGCUACGCUUGCCGCGGCCGACGUCGCAAUUCCGGCCGGUGGCCAGCCUCCGGGCUGCCGGACAAGGUGCGGCGACGUCGACAUCCCCUACCCUUUCGGCAUCAUCGACCCAGACAGGCCAGACUGCGCCUACAGCAGGGGCUUCCAGCUGAACUGCACGUCCGUGAACGGCGCCGCGAGGCCUAUGUUUCACAAUAUCGAGGUGACCAACAUCUCCGUGCCCAACGGAAAAGCAUGGAUGAAGACGAACAUAUCCUCCCAGUGCUUCGACCCAGAAACAAACAGAACCUUGUACGAUGACAUAUGGAACAGUUUCAGAUAUUCACCUUACUGGCUGUCAAACGAGGACAACAAACUUAUCGUUGUUGGUUGCAACUCACUAGCUUACAUGCGCAGUACCUCGUUUAUAACCCGCCAAUCCAUGCAGUACGUAAUCGGUUGCUCAUCAACAUGCGACAACGUAGACCUUAAGAAUGGCUCAUGCUCUGGUGCUGGCUGCUGCCAGGCAGAUAUCCCGAAAGGCAUACGGUAUUACCAAGGUUAUUUCAAUGCAAACUACAACACCACUGCAAUAUGGAGGAGCAGCCCUUGCAACUACAUGGUAGUCAUGGAAACUUCAGCAUUCAACUUUAGUACCACUUAUGUCGACUCCACAGUAUUCAGUGAUACGUACAAGGGGAUGGUUCCCACUGUCUUGGAUUGGACAGUUGAAUGGAAAAAAUGCGAGGAAGCAAAAGAGAACAGAACUUCCUACGCUUGUGUUAGUAGCAACAGUUACUGUGUCGAUGCCACCAAUGGUCGCGGUUAUCGUUGCAAGUGCUCUGAUGGAUACAAGGGCAACCCAUACAUCACGGAUGGAUGCGAAGAUAUCGACGAGUGCCAAGAUGCUCAUCCAUGCACGGGAAUUUGCAUAAAUACGCAGGGGAGCUACACAUGUACAUGUCAACGAGGAAAACAUCUGAUUGACGGUGUUUGCAAGCAGAGUUCCUCUUCUUGGAUUAUACCUGUCAUAGGUGGAAGUAUUGGAGUUGUCACCCUUGUGACUAUUGUGACGUGUGCAUAUCUCAUCCAAGAAAGAAAUAAGCUACACAGCAUAAAACAGAAGUACUUUCGACAGCAUGGAGGUCGACUGCUAUUUGAGGAGAUGAAGGGUACUGCAUUUAAAAUCUUUACGGAAGAAGAAUUGCAGAAAGCCACUAAUAAUUUCGAUGAAAAGAAAAUCCUAGGUCAUGGAGGACAUGGCACCGUUUACAAGGGAUUUCUAAACGGCAACACUGAAGUAGCAAUCAAAAGAUGCAAGACAAUCGAUGAGCAACAAAAGAAAGAAUUUGGUAAAGAAAUGGUAAUCUUAUCCCAAGUCAACCACAAAAAUAUUGUCAAACUAUUAGGUUGUUGCCUUGAAGUGGAAGUCCCAAUAUUGGUGUAUGAGUUUAUCGCAAAUGGCACACUGUUCCAUCUCAUUCAUGAUGGCCACGGCAGGCACAUCUCUAUAUCCACGCGUUUACAGAUUGCUCACCAGUCUGCUGAAGCAUUGGCCUACCUUCACUCAUGGGCAUCGCCUCCAAUCCUCCACGGGGACGUCAAGUCAUCCAACAUUCUCCUUGAUGGUGACUUCACAGCGAAGGUCUCUGACUUUGGAGCCUCCAUCUUAUCGCCAACCGAUGAUGCACAGUUCGUCACGUUUGUGCAGGGAACUCGUGGGUACCUUGACCCAGAGUACAUGCAAACAUGGAAAUUAACGGAUAAGAGUGAUGUAUACAGUUUUGGGGUUGUUGUCCUAGAGCUACUCACGAGAAAGAAACCAUUAAAUUUUGACGGGCUAGAGGAUGAGAAAAGCCUAUCUGUGAGGUUCCUUUCUGCUGUCAAGGAGAACAAGCUUGAGGAAAUCUUGGAUGAUCAAAUUAAGAGCGAGGAGAAUAUGGAGAUUCUUGAAGAGAUUGCUGAGUUGGCCAGACGAUGCUUGGAAAUGUGUGGUGAGAAUAGGCCAUCAAUGAAGGAAGUUGCAGAAAAGCUUGAUAGCUUGAGAAAGGUUUUGCACCAUCCUUGGGCACUGCACAAUCUUGAAGAGGCGGAGAGCUUACUAGGAGAGUCAUCAAUUGUUAGCUCGGAGGUUGUCAGUACGGGAAAUUUCAGCAUUGAGAAGAAAUCUUUAAUAGGCCUAGAAUCAGGAAGAUAAUCGCUAAUAACCUUGUUGUAUAUCAUAUCCCAGGAAAUUAUAUAGGUAUACUCCAAAAGUAUUACAUGUAUAGGUAAUCGUCAUCAUAUAUGGAAUGAUUCAUACAUGUUUUAUAUGUGUAGCUCAAGGUUGCAUCAUUGUUAAGAUCCAAAGGUGAGGUUGUUGUUUCAAUUGCUAUUGUAGCUUUACCUUUCAAAAAUCUAUGUACAAUAGUAAUUGAUUUGAUAUUUGACACACAUUUUCUUUUUA